UGACGAUUAUUGAUUGAUUGUGGAUGGUCUUCUUAAGUCAAGUGACAGGACCCAGUUGGUAUGCUCGAAAUCCAACUGGGUUGAAUGGUUUACGUGCAAACAACUGUGUAAUGAGUAAUGGAAGCUUUUUAGGUAAACCGGUAUUUUAUGGACGCAUGAAAAAAAUGUGGGUACCUCCUGGUCUCAGACCAAAAAGACCUUCUUUUCAACAACUUGGUCGUGAAGUUUCUCUUUUAGAAGUUGACGGAGAAGAUUAUCUACCGUGUGACGUGAAUAUGUCGGGGCUAUAUGAAUUGCCUAAAACUCUGGAAGUUGUAAAGUAUCCAGACCCACGUCUGAGAAAGGAGAACGAAGAAGUAGACCCUUGUCACCCUAGUGUUGGUGAGAUUGCACGAAAGAUGUUUCAAGUUAUGUAUGCAGAUAGAGGUGUUGGGUUGGCAGCUCCUCAAGUGGGCAUCAACCAACGGCUGAUGGUAUAUAAUCCUACGGGCAAACCAUCAUCUUUUUUAUCCCAAGUGGUGAUGGUCAAUCCCAAGAUUGUGGACUGUUCGGAUAAAAAAGUGGUGGAUUUGGAAGGUUGUUUGUCGUUUCCAGGGAUAGCGGGUAAAGUAAGUAGACACGAAUGGGUUCGAGUAGAAGCUUUCAAACCAGGUGGUAAGAAAAUCAAGCUCAAAUUAGAAGGUUGGCAAGCUAGAAUAUUUCAACAUGAAUAUGAUCAUCUGGAUGGAAUCCUUUUUAUUGACCGAAUGGAACCUGAAGAACGAGCAAGAGCUCAAUUCGUGUUGGAUCAGCUAGUCAACAACUACAAGGGGAAUGGAAUACCGCAAUUGUAAUAAACAGGGAUAUAUAACAACAUGCAAACUGAACAUGCUUUUCCAAUAGUUUCCUAUGAAGAUACAAUCACAUUUGAAAAGAAGUCAUACAAGCUCUUUUCUCAUGUUUCUUUCCAUAACAACCUUGUCGAAAGUAGUUGAUCUGAAAAGUAUUCGAUACCACAGAAAACCUUAACAAAUAGUCUCUUCAAAAAUGAAACGAUUGAACUCAUCAGAAAUAAAAGUUGUUUCAAUGUGUAAUAAAUUGAAUCCAAAACAA